AUGCUGAUAAUUUUCAUUGCAUUUGUUGCUUCAUUUAUAGUCAUACCUAGCAUUCCAUCAGACGCACGAUGGACACAAAAUGGUGUGACUGUAGCUGGAGGUCACGAACGAGGUAGCGCCAAUGAUCAACUCCGCUAUCCUUGGGGUUUCUUCCUUGAUGAUGAUGGAACAAUGGUCAUCGCUGACUCAAAUAAUGAUCGUGUCCUUCAAUGGAAGACGGUCGAUACGAAUGGACGAGUAGUAGUUGGUGCACACUGCUACGGGCGUAGAUUAAAUCAGUUGUAUAAUCCAACCGAUGUGCUGAUCGACAAAGAGACGGAUAGUGUCCUUAUCUGUGAUUCAAACAAUCGACGAGUUCUACGGUGGACUCUCCGUAGUGGCACUACUAAAGGAGAAAUCUUUAUCGACAACAUCCAUUGUUGGAGUUUAGCCAUGGAUGAUCAGCGUUAUCUCUACGUCUCCGAUGUCGAUAAACAUGAAGUCAGACGGUAUCAAAUGGGAGACAAGAAUGGGACUCUUGUGGCCGGCGGACAUGGAGAAGGUGAUGGUCUAAAUCAGCUCAAUCGACCGACUUAUAUCUUUGUCGAUAGGGAACAAGCUGUUUACGUGUCAGACAGCGAAAAUCAUCGUGUGAUGAAAUGGAAUAAAGGUGCAACGGAAGGAAUUAUCGUCUGUGGAGGUCAACACAUGCGGAAUGCUCUGACGCGUUUGUUGUUACCUAAUGGUCUGUUCGUCGAUACGUUAGGUACCGUCUAUGUGGUGGACUCGGAAAAUGAUCGAGUGAUGCGUUGGCCUAAAGGAGCGAAAGAAGGCACAGUAAUUCUGGGUGGGAAUGGUUGGGGGAAAAGAGCAAAUCAAUUUCACAAUCCCAUGAAGUUGUCUUUCGAUCGAUAUGGCCAUCUUUAUGUCGCCGAUCGGGAUAAUCAUCGAAUUCAACGUUUUUCUAUUGAAUAG